AUGACAAAUUCAUCAACCAACUCACUCCAUCCCUCUUGCUCUCUUUCUUACCGCAAGAAAAUCACCACCGAGAGUGGUUUGAAACUCCGGUUGUUGAACCACCAAGGCCACCGCCACCCUCCACCUUUCAUGUUUUUUUCAUCGACCAGCCACCCUGCAAACACCCUCUUCCAUCAGCUUCCUCCCCUUCCCUUCAUAUAUUUUGUCGGGUUAGAUUUAGUGUUUAUACGUGUGGUAUAUCUCAUGGUGGCCGAUGACGGUUCCACCACCACAUUAGAUCUGGUCUUCGGUGAUACUGUUUACAUGAAAAGGUUAGAUUUAGUGUUUAUACGUGUGGUAUAUCUCAUGGUGGCCGAUGACGGUUCCACCACCACAUUAGAUCUGGAAAUUGUAAUUCGCCGACCACCGCUUUCACCUCUACCGAGAAAUCCAAAAAUCGACAUCAAGCCUCAUUCAACAAAUCCAAACAUGCGUGGGUUACUUCGAGAAUGCUUUCAGUUACUCCGAGAUUGCUUUCAGUAUAGUUUGAUUGGCGGUGCUCGUCGAUUCUCAGGAGGUUCGAGAUCCAAAGAGUACGUCUACCCAAUCACUUUAGGGUUUUUCUUCACGAUGGAUGGUCACCAUAGAAGGUGA